UACACAAUUCCUACUGGAAUGAGAAAAAUUGAGUUAAGAGUCAUGAAAUUGGGAACAAUAAACCAAUCCUGUUUUGCAAAUACGUAGCAUACAGUAGCAGAAUAUUUCUUAUCUCCGGGCCUGCGUCCUUAUCUUCUGGCUGAAACAUAUAAAUGAGCACAGCAAGAUGCCAUAGUCCAGAUUCCUCCAGCUCCUCUUGGUUUAAUAUCAGCAAGUAUGGCUUCAAUGAUUCUACUUGUGGCUUUUUUGGGAAUUUUCGUUACUACUCUGCGUGCAGACGAGGCAUACCAGUACUACGAAAGAGGCUGCAAUGGGGAGACCGUGUACCACACUGUUAAUAUCAAUGAGCAGGUCAAGGUUGUAGUGUUCAAUAUUUACUCGGGAAAGCAGAUGUCUAACGCAGUCUUUGAUUAUAGGCAGAAUAUAAUUGCCUACCACAUGCCAUACAGAGGGAUCUGCAUUGUCGCACAUAUGGAUAUUGCCACCUUUCCUGGUCUUGGGAUAUUUCAGAGGUUCAUCCAAAACAACAGGGAGAGGAAGGAGGACAUAUCCAGGCUUCUCAAACACUAUGAAGUCACCAACCAACAGGUUACGGACCUAUCCCAGUUUGGAAGUGCGGUUCAAGGGUUAUGCUGGGGAAUCCCCACCUACUGGGCUCGUGAAGACCCCAAGCCAAGAAGGGUGUUUGGAGCUGAAGGCUGCGCUGGCAUUAAAUUCCUCUUUAUACAUGUUGGACUGUGUGCAGGAUUCCGUCUUUUCUAAUACAUUAUGUCGGGCUUGUAUUCAUAGCAUCAUAUUGGGAGUUACACUCUUCUUGUUUAAUUUAGCCCACACCUACAUAAAACAUCAACACACUGGAGGCUUCUGUCCUAUUUAUUUGGUGUAUUUACUAGCUAAAUCAUGUAGAACUGUUGAAGUAAUAAUACCGGGUUCUUGCUGCUGUAUAAGGGCAACAUCAGAAGAAGAAACAGUCACAAAGCCUAAUGAUAGACCUAAGCAUUGUGGGAAAGAAUAAGCAAGUUUAUUAAGGGUUUCUCUUCUUUGAGGAAUUGCUUGUUGGCCUAUUGAUUUACUAAACAAUAAAUAUUCUGCUUUGCUUCUUA